CGCUGCAAAAAUCUCAGAUUUCUCAAUCGGCGACGGAGUAAGAAGAAGAAGGAGAUGACGACUCGAAUCGCUCCUGGUGUUGGAGCUAAUCUUCUCGGCCAACACUCCGCCGAGAGAAACCAAGACGCCACUGUUUACGUCGGGAAUCUCGAUGCUCAGCUUUCUGAAGAAUUGCUUUGGGAAUUGUUCGUUCAAGCCGGACCCGUUGUUAACGUCUAUGUUCCGAAAGAUAGAGUGACAAAUCUUCAUCAGAACUAUGGAUUCAUUGAGUACCGUAGUGAGGAAGAUGCUGAUUAUGCGAUUAAGGUUCUUAACAUGAUUAAGCUCUACGGGAAGCCUAUACGUGUUAACAAGGCAUCUCAAGACAAGAAAAGCUUGGAUGUUGGUGCUAACCUUUUCAUUGGGAACCUUGACCCUGAUGUGGAUGAGAAGCAGUUGUAUGAUACUUUCAGUGCAUUUGGUGUGAUUGCUUCUAAUCCUAAGAUAAUGAGAGAUCCCGAUACUGGAAACUCACGAGGUUUUGGUUUCAUCAGCUAUGACUCCUUUGAGGCAUCUGAUGCUGCUAUUGAGGCAAUGACUGGACAAUAUCUAUGUAAUCGUCAAAUUACAGUCUCUUAUGCGUACAAGAAAGACACCAAAGGAGAGCGCCAUGGUACUCCAGCAGAGAGGCUUUUGGCUGCCACGAAUCCAACUGCCCAGAAAAGCAGACCCCAUACACUAUUCGCAACUGGCCCCCCAUCCAAUGCUCCUCAAGUUAAUGGUCUACCACGUCCGUUUGCUAAUGGCGGCAUGCAACCUAUCCCGAUCCAAGCCGCUCGUCCACCACCACCGCCACCUCCACAAGUAUAUCAAACUCAGCCACCAUCCUGGCCAUCUCAGCCACAACAACACGGCAUGAUCCCACCGCCCAUGCAAUUCCGUCCUCCUCAGGGUAUGCCGCCGCCCCCACCUCAGUUUCUAAACCACCAACAAGGGUUCGGUGGCCCGAGGCCGCCGCCACCACCUCAAGCCAUGGGAAUGCACCAACAUGGAGGCUGGCCGCCACAACACAUGCAGCAGCAAGGAGGACCACCACAACAACAACCACCACCACCAUACCAACACCAUCACAUGUCUAUGGCUCCACCCCCACCACACCAAGGUUGAGAAUAGUCAUCUCUUCAGUCUUGGACCAAAUCGACUAUUUGUAAACCAUUUCUUUUAUGACAAGUAAUCACACCAAGGAUUUUCUCACUUCCCUUUUAGAUUCAAUGAAACCUCAGUGAGAGAGAGACAGAGAGGGAGAGAGAAAACACAAUAUUCUAUAUUGACUUGUCUGCAGAGAAUCUCUUAUCUUCGGUUUAGAGAUAAGAGAGAGAGAGAGAGAGAGAGAGAGAGCGUAGAACUUAGUGUCAAUGUCUGGUUUGUAGUGAUGUUCUUGUUUUGUGUUUCAGAAUCUCUGAUGCCGUGUGCUUUAAUAUUUUACCAAAACUUUGCUGUAAAAACUCAAUAAUUCUUGCUUCUGACCU